AUGGCGGCAACCCUCGAUGAGGAAGACCUCUCCGCAUCCCUCCCUUCCCAUGAACACGAUAACACAUCCUCGCACAAGAACCGCGGCCAUCCCGCUAUACCUCCAAAACGAUCCCGCCCGGAUUACAAUGACCAAUCCCCCGACACCGCAAGGGACAUGCAGCGACUGGACCAGUACACCACCGUUAAGAUACUAGGUGAAGACAGAUACACUGUGAUUGCAACGAAGACCGAUAUUGUCAUGGUGCUCGAGUAUGCAGAAAAGGAGCUUUUCGACUACUUGAUAAUUUGCGCAGUCGAAUAUUGCCACCGUCACAAGAUCGUCCAUCGAGAUCUGAAGCCAGAGAACCUGCUCAUUGACAAAGAAAGAAACGUCAAGAUCGCUGAUUUCGGCCUUAGCAAUAUCAUGACCGACGGCAACUUUUUGAAGACGAGCUGUGGGAGCCCCAACUAUGCAGCGCCGGAAGUCAUCUCGGGGAAGCUGUAUGCAGGACCGGAGGUGGAUGUAUGGAGCUGUGGCGUGAUCCUCUAUGUGCUACUAGUUGGCAAGCUUCCAUUCGACGACGAUUAUAUUCCUGCUCUAUUUAAAAAGAUUGCCGCGGGGAACUUCCAUAUGCCCUCUUACAUAUCGACCGGUGCUGCCCGUUUGAUACGAGCUAUGCUACAAGUCCAUCCUGUUCAAAGAAUCACCAUCCCAGAGAUCCGUCAGGACCCUUGGUUUCUUAAGAACCUUCCGAAAUAUCUCCAACCCCCAGCGGAGGAGUGGGUCAGCUCAGGAGCAAAUCCUAACAGAGCCAUUGAUCCCCGCAGGAUCGCUCCGGGCCGACCGUUCGCAGUACAAGAGAAAAUUCAACAGACGGCAAUCACCAAGCUCGAGAAGAGAAUGGGUGUCGAUAGAGAAGACAUUAGCGACGCGUUGAAGAAACCGGAACCAAGUGCGAUCAAAGACGCAUUUUUUAUCGUGGUGGAAAACGAAAUGAUGCAGACGAAUUCCCCUACAGAUGCCAGCGAAUCGCCAACCACUCCACCUGUCUCCCCAGAAUCCUCAGCUUCUCCUGCUGCUGGGAGCGGGUCCACCCGUAACGCCAAAAAUGUGAACACCGCGCCUCAAUCGUCCCAUCGAGGGCAAGUCCCAACACCGUCCACCCCACUAUCUGCGCCAUCGCUAGCACCAGCGUUCACGAUUCCAGAGGUCGAAGAGGAGCGCGUCAGCCACGUACGCAUUCUACCUACGAGUUUGCCAUACGUUCAUAAUCAAAUAAUGGACCAACGGGAGAGGGAGAGACAUGCUCCCUCCCAAGACCAGUCAAUGGAGGAAUCGCGUGGGCGAUCGCAAUACCAGGACAUUACUGAAGCCGAGACAGACAGCCACAAGGAGAGAUCUCCGGAAGAGCAAGCUGCGACUGCAAGGUCACUCAAGCCCCAUUCACGCAGUCUUGUCGAUUUGAAGAAGCUUAGCUUGGAACCGCCGGAAGGUCUCGAGAAAAUGUCUUCGCCACCAAAGAGAUCGCGCAAGUGGCAGUUUGGCAUACGGUCACGCAAUCAGCCAUAUGAAGCUAUGCUGUGCUUGUAUAAAGCUAUUCGAGCCCAAGGUGGCGUUUGGGAAAUCCAACCCGCCGAAUCUGACAACGACCCAGCGGCAACCCCUCAAAUGUCAUCAGAAUUACCAAAACCUUUACAACACAAAUACCCCAACCUUCCAUCAGACUACUACAUACCCAAAGACCUCUGGUUCAUCAGAGCCCGGCUGCUUAAAAAAGAUGUCCUCGCGCCCGGCCCAUCAAGCAGUAGCCAUUCCAGCCGCAGUGAUCUAGAGGAAUACCGCCGACGAAUUAGCUUAAUAACAGACCCAGAAGAGAAAGCAGCUGCCACUGCUGCCCUGAGCAGGAGUAAUUCGGUAGAUAAUCCACACCUUACAAGUGCUGCUCCCACAACUUCCAGUGGCACAGGUAGUGGCAACGGCAGCGGCACAGGUCUAACAAGCUCUACGCUAGCCCUGGGAUCUUCUUCUUCGCUACUUCAGCACCCUGGUGCCAUCGUACACGGCGUCUGGGUGUUCAUCGACAUUCAACUAUACCAACUGGAAGAAAACAAUUUCAUGGUCGAUUUCAAAUGCGAUGGUUACCAGAACGUGAUCCGCGUUGAGAACGAGGGUGGAAGUGGCAGUAGUGGUGACCCUGCUGCUGCCGCUGAGUGGCGGCCGGUCAGCAAGCGGAUCCGAAACAAGGAGAAAGAAGCCACUAGCCCCUUUCCUUUCUUGGACGUUGCGUCGGAUUUGGUUGCACAAUUGGCCGUUGCGAAUUAG